AUGGACUCCAAAUUUCAAACUCCAAAUGCUUCUCCAUAUGUGAGUGCACCCACCAGCCCAACUGGGUGCAGCCUAAUGCAGUUCUACAGCGCCCCGACGAGUCCCAUCGGAGGGGGAGGGAGUGGUUCAUUUGGUGGUGGAAUUUUGGAAACAAAUGAAGAUGUCAAUUCCAGCCUUGAUGAUUUUGAAUUCGAAACUAGUCGAAAAUUUGGUAGUGACUUUGUAUUUGAGGCAAGUCCCAAGUUUGAGUACCUAGUGGAUGAUGAAAAGCCAAAGAAAAAGCAAAAUGGAGGAGUUGGAAAUUCAUUUGAUUCAAUGGCUUUUGCUGAUGAACUGUUUUGUGAUGGCCAAGUCUUGCCUCUUAAACUGCCUCCCCGGCUCCUGUAUGGUAAUGAUACUAAAUGUGCUGGAAAUAGUUCAAUCCCUGCUUCGCCCAGGUCCCCAAAUUCUGUCAUCAAAAUCCCAUUUGCACGACGGAUUACAUGGAAUGAUGAUUUUGAUCCAUUCAUGGUUGCUUUGGAGAAAGUAAGGGAAGAAAAGAGAGGGAGAAACAAGGGAAACGAUCAUAGGCGCACUCGGUCUCUUUCACCAUUUAGAACCCCCACUACUUUCAAGUGGUCCAUUGAUUCUGGAGGAUUGAACCAACAUCAAAACAAGCAAGAGGGUCCUCUAGAACCAAUGCAUAAACAAUUGGAAUCAAAUCCAAGUGAUCUGAUUGUAUCCAAGGGCCCAACCCCACAAGAGAGGCCAAGCAAAGAAGAACAAGCCAAGGACAAGGGGCUUUCUUUUAGGAAGAGAGAGAAAACUGUGAAAAAGGGCCAGGAAGGACCCACCAUGAGCAUUUCAACUAGCUUUCCAGGGCCAACACUGAAGAAGACUGGUGAGGGUACUGUAGAAAAUGGUGCGGGCUGCAUUGUGGAGACUAAAAUGGGCAAAAUGAAGGGAAUUCUCAUGAGGUAUGCAUCUUUUGGGGGGGAGAGAGAAAGCAGUGAAGGCAAGGAGACAGGUGAUAAUGCAGCAAUGUGGAAGCCAAGUUACUUCAAGAAAUUGAGCUUUAAGUUUAAAGGAAAUGGAAAGAAGAAGAGAGCGUCUGAAGAGUCAAAGAUGGCAGUUGUAAAAUACAAGCCAACAUCGUAUCUUUGCGUGGGUUAUGGUUUUGAAAAGUCCUAG